GAAUCAAAACUGCUUUUGUCAGAAAACAUGGCGACACAGCGUUCAUAGCAGCUCAGUGUGAAAUGAUUCCAAUUGAAUGGGUGUGCAGAAGAAUUGCUACUGGUUCUUUCCUGAAAAGAAACCCUGGUGUCAAGGAAGGAUAUAAGUUUUACCCACCCAAAAUUGAAAUGUUUUACAAGGAUGAUGCUGCUAAUGAUCCACAAUGGUCUGAGGAGCAACUAAUUGAAGCCAAGUUCUGCUUUGCUGGACUUACUAUUGGACAAACCGAGGUGGAUAUUAUGGCCCACUCUACACAGGCUAUUUUUGAGAUACUGGAAAAAUCUUGGUUUCCCCAGAACUGCACUCUUGUAGAUAUGAAGAUUGAGUUUGGUGUUAAUAUAACUACAAAAGAGAUUGUCCUUGCUGAUGUUAUUGAUAAUGAUUCUUGGAGACUGUGGCCAUCAGGAGACCGAAGCCAGCAGAAGGACAAACAGUCUUACCGUGAUCUAAAAGAAGUGACCCCUGAAGCGUUGCAGAUGGUUAAAAGAAACUUUGAAUGGGUUGCAGAAAGAGUGGAGUUGCUGCUGAAAACAAAGAGCCAUGGUAGAGUUGUGGUGUUGAUGGGAUCGUCUUCUGAUCUUGGUCACUGUGAAAAAAUUAAAAAGGCAUGUGCAAACUUUGGAAUUCCUUGUGAGCUACGAGUGACAUCUGCUCACAAAGGACCAGAUGAAACUCUGAGGAUCAAGGCAGAGUAUGAAGGUGAUGGAAUCCCUACUGUGUUUGUGGCGGUAGCUGGCAGAAGCAAUGGCUUGGGACCAGUGCUGUCUGGUAACACGUCAUAUCCAGUUGUCAACUGUCCUCCUCUCUCCGCCGAUUGGGGUCCCCAGGAUGUCUGGUCUUCUCUUAGACUGCCCAGUGGUCUUGGCUGUCCUACUAUACUCUCACCUGAAGGAGCUGCCCAGUUUGCUGCUCAGAUUUUUGGAUUAAGUAACCACUUGGUGUGGGCCAAGCUGCGCUCAAGCAUGUUGAAUACGUGGAUCUCCUUGAAGCAAGCUGACAAAAAACUUAGAGAAUGCACCUUAAAAGGAAAGUAAUGCAUACCUUAUAUUGGCUACGUAAAAAAUAGUGCCAUGUGCAAACUGUCUUCAUGCUAGGAUCUUCAUGUGGAUCAGUUGGAAAUCUUAAACCCUUUGUUGUAU